GACAAUGUUUUAGCUGCCUUAAAAUUAUUAACAGGCACACACAUGCAGUGGACUGUGUGACUGAGAGAUGCUGUGAUAGACUGCAGAUCAGUGGCUGCUAGUUUGGUGUCCAGAGCCCACUAAGGGCCAUGAAUGAUGACUACGUUUAACUUUUUUACUUUUACUAUAUAUUUGAUGUUUUUACAGUUGGCAUACCCCCACAGUUUUAAAACUAACUAUCUUUUCUGAAUCAUAAACAAUGACAAACUUUUUUAGUGGAAUGAUGGUGACAGGAAAAUAAUAAUUUAGCCUAUAUGGUUUUAUGGCCUAACUCUCAGAGAAGAACUGAUGUGAAAGCAGUCAGAAAGAGGGCGGUGCAUUGUGCCAAUAAGCGUGACGUCCGUCAACAGGAUAACUGGCUCUUCACUGGGAAGUGCCUCGCCUGAGUGACUUCUAAAGCUGUGUUUACUUUGUCCUGGCAGUCUGCUUGGUUGUUUUUGACUGGCCACGCCAUCAGUGUAAAUGAGCAGCUGGCAGCUGUGCAGCGCUCAGGUAGAAGCUCCUGUGAAGGAACGACAUGAAGCUGCUGGACGAGCGGAUCUGGUCGCUGUUUAAGCGCCAUUGGCGUCAUACUCUGACCUACUGGAGUGUGUUCUUCAGCUUUGGCCUGUGCAUCGCCUUCCUGGGACCCACCAUCCUGGACCUGAGAUGUCAGACCCAGUCCACCCUGCAACAGAUCACCUGGGUCUUCUUCUCCCAGCAGUUCUUCCUGCUGGUGGGCAGCAGCGUCGGAGGGCUCUUCAAGAAAACACUUCUGUCAUCCCUGUCAGCCCUCUUUUCCUGCACUCUCAUCAUCUCCCUCGUGUUUGCCAUCAUACCACUAUGUCAUCAUGUGGUACUGUUGUCCAUUGCCAUGGCCAUUGCUGGCAAAGCCAUGGGGGUGAUUGACACUAUUGCCAACUUGCAGCUGGUGAAGCUGUACCAAAAGGACUCCGCCAUCUUCCUUCAGGCCUUGCAUUUCUUCACAGGCCUCGGAGCGCUGGUCAGCCCACUGGUGGCUGAUCCUUUCCUGGCUGAGGACAGCUGUGUCCUGGGUGCCAACUGGACCACCAACUCGUCGUCCUCCUCUUCUUCAGACCUGCACCACCUCCGCAGCAGCCUGGCUGGGCACGGAGCAGCACUGCAAAACAUUUCUCAGUAUCCGCUGAAUACUGAUGGCACUGUCAUCACCAGGGUGUCCUACGCUUUCUGGAUCAUGGCUCUUAUCAAUCUCCCUGUGCCAGCAGCAGUGCUCACAUUGAUGUACUAUGAAAGAUUGCUGCCUUGCUUUAGCAACAGUCCACGUCUGCUUGACAAAGACUCUCUGGCCAGCACGAGCCCCGCUGGGGACAGUGGCCAAGGUCAUGGGAGUGUGUUUGGUUGCUGUAACCCCGCCAAACUCCGGAAUCGCCCUCCAACUUUCUUCCUUCUUCACGCUCUGGGCGGAGCCAUCCUCUUCAUCACUGAUGGAAUUAUAGGCUCCUACGCUGGCUUCGUCUACACCUACGCUGUUUCCCCUCCUCUGCUGAUGGCUCAUAAGACCGCCGGCUAUCUGGACAGUAUAUUCUGGGCCUCCAUCACAGCAGGAAGACUGGCUUUCAUUUACAUGUCCUACAGAUACACAGCACCAAGGCUGCUGACCUUCAGUCUGGUUGGGGUCAUACUGGUGCAGUGCACAUUGUUGAUCUUCUACACCAGCUGUGUGUUCCUCUUCAUCGGUACUUGUGUGUUGGGACUGUGCAUCAGUAGUGUGUUCCCCUCCAUGCUGGCCCAUACAGAGGACUUACUGGACUAUAAAGGUUGUGCCACAACUGUUCUGGUGACCAGUGCCAGCACAGGAGAGAUGAUACUGCAGCUGCUUGUUGGAUCGGUGAUCCACAGUAAGGGCAGCUAUUCCUUCCUGUUGUGUUGCACAAUCGCAUCCUUCAUCGGCUUCUGCCUGUUCCUGCUGCUCCUCUAUGUCCAGCACAUCCACAGAAACCGCUACACAGAUUCCUCUAAAAACAUGGACAUGAAAGAGAAGCCAAAUCCAGGAGGCUCAUGAUCUGAGGAUCCAUGGAGAGACCCGAGGACACAAAUGAUCCGAAUGUGCCUGCUGAGGACAAUGGAAAGAGGAGCACGGGAAGAAAAAUCUCAGGGAAAACUGGCAAUCCUUCAUCUUCCCCCAGUAUGAGAACGGGCGCUUCAUCUUGACCUCCUCUAACUGAACAUUUGUGACCUAAAGAGAGGUGUAACUUCAAGCCUGAUGAUCAACAAGUAGCUUAAUGGAUGCACAAUACUUAAUUUAAUUCUUGGCACAACCGUCACUUGCUGUAGCUUCAUUUAUAAGGCACUUUAAUGAUUUUUUAAUGAUGUUGCCUUUUCAGUAUGAAUGUGAAUGGACUGUGGAGGUCUGAGUGUUGGUACUGUCAAACAUCUACAGCAUAUUAGGUUGCUACUGUUCAAAUAUGACCUCUGUUUUGAGUGCUACAGCACCUGGUGUCUUGGUGGCGGGACGGAGCAGUCAGACAUUAACAGCACAAGAUGUAGUGACAGAGCAUAGAGAUGUGGUUAGUUAGAGAUCUUUUAUUAUUGGUCUCACCUAACUCUUCCGUUAGGAGCACUUCCUCUACAUCCUCUCACACAUAGAUACGCCACUUAAGACAAGUAGCUUGUAAACAUUUGAAAAAGCCUCAAACAAAUAGAGAACUGGACAGAACAAAGCAAGAACUGUGAGUCUUUUCUUUUAAAAGGAGAUUUUACAUUUCAAGGUAAGUUCAAGGAGAAACAUAUUCAGAAGACAGAAAUGAAGAAUUAUGCAAACUAACAGGAGGACAUUUUUACAUGGGCUUUAGGGCUUUGGGGUCACUAUCCAGCUAUUGUAUAGUUUUUAUCAAAGUUAAUGCAAAAAUGCCAUGUAAGCUACCAAUUCUAUUGGGCUCUACUAUAAAUUCAAAUAAAUAAAUAUUGUGUGGUA